GGAGCCUCCAGCACCACGUGCACGUCGGAGGGAUCUGGCAGCAGCGCUCCUGGGUGGAGCGGCAGGCCGGGCGAGAAUGAGGAGAAGCAGCGGCAUGGCUCCUUCUUCCACAAAACCAAGCUGUGCAAGUUCAACCGGCUCGGCAGGUGCACGCGCGGGGAGCUCUGUCGCUUUGCGCACGGGCGCCUCGACAUGAACCCCUUGCCCGACCUUUCCCGAACGAAGUUGUGCCCGGAUCUCUUCCACACGGGACAUUGCCGCUAUCCAAACUGCCAGUUCGCCCACGCCAGGGGCGAGCUUCGGAGGCACCCGUUCGUAUUGGCGGGCGACAGGGGCUACUCAGGUGUACGUGCGGGGGUAAAGCAGCAGCCCCGUGGCGCGGUGGCACAAGACACAGCUUGGGGUCAAGACGUCUCGCGGCCGCAGGCAGACGCGAACCUCCCGUACUCGGACCUUGCGAGGGUGCUUAGCAAGACGAAGCAGAUGGGGCAGGCGGGCUCAUCUGCGCUGUACGGUGACCUGGCAGACGUCUUGAAGAGCCACGGCCAAGGCGGUCCGGUUGACACGACGAUCCAGCAUGAUCAGGCCAGCGGAGGCUUCGUCUCGCCAGAUUUCGACAGCGUUGCCGACAUCUUCAGCGAGGAAGUCAUGGCUGGUGGCUGGUGGAAGAACCACCACGCUCGCCUCAAUGCAGUGUGCGCUAGCCCGCCGGGCUACCACGGGGCAGGCGUGGACAGUGCGGCCAAGAUGGAGCACGUCGCGGCCUCGUUCGCCUGGGAGGAGGACUCCUUCUACGAGGCCCUGAUCGACGAGAGUGCGGCAACCGCAAGCUGGGCGGCGGCGGCCGAGCAGGACCCAGAGCCAAGGCUGCUCUCGCCCAUCUACGCACCGUCGACAACUCUCAGUGUCCUGCCUCCUUUCGCCCUGCCGUGAGUGGCUGCUGCCGAGUCAUGCCUCAGGCGGAGGAAGCUGGCGGGCGUUCGUGGAUCCCGGUUCGGGGACUGGGCCGACUGGUCGCGGAGCGGCCGACGCAUGUCGGAGUUUAAGGCCGCAAUGUGCCAGGAGCGCGAUUCUCCUUUUGGUAAUUACUUGCACUGCCGUGUGACUUUAAGAGCGGCCCCAAGUAGCGUACAGAGUCGGACACUUUCACCUGGAGUGUAGAGCGAUGGUGUGUUAGUAUCGUGCCCAUAUCCGUAGGCGGAGGAGGAGGAGGAGGAGGGCAUUUCAGAUUUCGCACUGGGCUAGAAGGCUGGGGGGCUUUUGGCUGGAGCCCGUCCAGAUUUUAAGCUGCCUGGUUAGGCGCCUCAGGACCUUUUUUUUAGCAGUAGGAUCGACGAAAUGAAGUCUAGGCGGCAGUUCUUGGAGACUUUUUUGUUCGCUCAGGAUUUCCUCUGCUUCUACUUAUCCGCCGUUCAUGCGGCAGGAUCGCCUCAGAGCAAGGCGCGUCAUUCGCCGCGCUCACCGUUGGCAUGAAUUUCAUUGCUGGUCCUACCUGCUGCUCAAGCACCAUUCUCCAUUCCAAGUCAGUGCGAUCCGAUCAGAGGUUGGAGCGCUGGCAUCGUUGCAUGUUUUUUUUAAGAUGCGUUACGUUCGCUCCGCCUCGAGAUCCAACGUGGUGAAACAUUACAACAGCGUCAUGCAUCACGACCAGGACUCGACCCCAUCCUCCCGCGGCUUUCUUUUCAGGCUGUGUCGAUCUGUAGAGGCCAACGCGUGGCGAGCGCGGCCGUCAUGCUUGCUUUCACGACGCUCCGUAGAUGAGGGCAGGCAUCCUCAACGCAAUGCUUUUGCCCGCGCUCCUCCGGCGAAUUCUUCGGCCAGCACUCGGUGCUGCAGCCAACUCGGCCUGCACGCGAAACGCUCUGAGCGGACCCCCCCGAACCUGGAGGAUGUCCUGGCGCUCUGCUCCUUUGCUGGCGACGGCUCGGCCGUCAAGCGAGACCUCCAUGCAACCGGGAGGGCGCGGUCGCGUCCGCGAAGGACCCGUUCAAUCCUC